ACUUGUAAGUCAAAUGGAACAAAAUAAGAAAAGUUAUUGCUGUAAUUAGCCCAUUUUAGUCACGGGUGUUUGGACUACAAUUCCCGGCUAACAGUCGGCAUUUCACGUAGACUACCACUACGCAGGUUCACGAGCUCCUCGCCGACCGCAGCAGCAGCAGCAGCAGCAGCUGAGGCCAGCUAGCCACUUUGUUGAACGAGAACCCAUUGGAAAAGACGGCGGUAAAAAAAAAAUCGUUGGAAACGUAUUAACAAACAAGAAAACAGAGGAAUUUGACUGUUUUAAGCAUUGUUACUUUCCCAACUGAAUAACACACGCCGUCGCCCCUUUUCGCCGGUACGGAGGAGAACACAAAAGUUCCCGAAGAGGAAUUCUCUCAUUCAGGAUGUCGGAGUGAAACAAAGGGGUCUGGGGGCAUUCCCGUCGGAGAGAGGGGUUGAACUUCAUCCUUGUGGUCUUCUCUGGAUGGGAAAGAUGGAAAGGGAGUUAGAAUGGUGGAAAGGACAGCUGGCUGCGGAUAUCCAUCAGUCCCUCCGUAUCAAGGAGUUGAAGCUCCCUGCGUACCGUGCCCACUCACCUCAGAUGGGGAUGCGUCGGUACUUUGCCGACCUGCUGGCCAUCCUGUCCAACCGUUACCAGCUGUGUCCCACGGCGAGGCACCUGGCCGUCUACCUCCUGGACCUGUUCAUGGACCACUACGACGUGGCCGUCAAACAGCUCUACGUCAUCGCCCUGUCCUGCCUGCUCCUCGCCAGUAAGUUUGAGGAGAAGGAGGACCGGGUGCCGAAGCUGGACCAGCUCAACUCCCUGGGCUUCAUGUGCAGCCUAAACCUGGUGCUCAACAAGCGAGACCUCAUCAAGAUGGAACUGCUGCUGCUUGAGACGUUCGGCUGGAACCUGUGCAUGCCCACGCCGGCCCACUUCAUCGACUACUACCUCCACGCCUCGGUGCAGGACGGAGACCUCUACAACGGCUGGCCUCUCUCCUCGCUGUCCAAGACCAAAGCCUUCAUGGACAAGUACACCCACUACUUCCUGGAGGUGUCACUGCAAGACCAUGCGUUCCUGAGUUUCCGGCCGUCUCAGGUGGCGGCGGCGUGCGUGGCGGCCUCCCGUAUCUGUCUCCAGAUCUCUCCCAGUUGGACCACCUCCCUGCACCUGCUCACCGGAUACACCUGGGAGCAUCUCACUCAGUGCAUCGAACUUAUGCUGCUGGCCCAUGACAACGACGUGAAGGAGGCCAACAAACCCAAAUCUGUGUCCCCCCUGUCUCGCGCCUCCUCUCUCCAGAGCCAGCCCUCUCACCUCUCCCCGGUCCCGGCCGUCCAAAGGCCAGCCUCCACCUCCUCCUCUACCACUUCCACGCCCCAGCAGCUCCUCUUCCAGCCCGGCCCGGGGGGUUUCCCUCACCUCUCCCAGCACUCGCCCUCCCUGUCCCAUCUGCAGGCUCUGGCUGAGUCCCAGGCUUUGGGGCCCGCCGUGGUCAACAUGUCCCAGGACUUCCUCCAGAGCCACAGGAUGGGGCUCCUCGCCGGGGCCACCGCCAUGACGCCCACGGCCGGGGCCUUCCCCUCCUAUCCCAGUAUGGCCUCGGGGCUCCAGCCUGGGGGUCGGGUGGCUCCGCUGGCCCUUCAGGGCCCCAUCUCCAUGCAGGUGGCUCUGGCAGCGGAGCCCAGACACUGCCUAAGCAUGGCCUACAGUGGGGGGUACCUGGGGGGUCCACACCACCACCACGGCUUCACGGCGGCCAGCUGCUUCGACAGGUGACGCCAGGAGACCGGGGAGAGGACGGCCAGCAGACCAGGCGUCGCCGCCCGGGACAGGGAACGCCGGACUCGUCUCCCGUCGCUCCUCCCCCCUCCCCUGCGCUCCCUGGCGGACCUCCUGUCCCUCUCCGUAAGCACCCCGUCCCCCUCAUCGGCCGCCCCGCGCCCCAUGCCCCCCGCGCUCCGGCAGAGACAGCGGCGGCCCAAACGCAGGCAGAGGUCGAAGGGGGGCGAGGAACCCGUGGAGGUCAUCACGCUGACGUGACACCUGCUGGGUGAUGGCCAUGAUGUCACUGAGAGGCGUGGAACAUCAGGGCUCGAUACAGAGGCGUCGCCGCAUAAUGCUGGGAACAUCCCCUGUAUGGUUGGAAACACUGAACCACAGGCUACACAGAAUAAUUAUUAAUCUGCUGUUGGAACCCCCCACCCCCCCAAAAAAAUGAACUCACCAAAAGAGCAGAAGCAGGCCUGUAGAGUUACUUUUCGGGAGCUGCUGACUCAAGACCGGUAUGAAUUGAUGAAUUGUUAUAAGCAGAAAUAGCCUUGAGUUGAAGAUGUGUUUCACCUGGCAGUUAAUGAAGGCCUAUGUCACUUGUAAGCCUGGCGUUGGCCCUCUGGAAAUUCCUCCCCCGUUAUCCCUGUUCGUAGUUCUGUCACAGCACGGGAAAGCUGUUUUGGCAUACCUGUCAUGUUGUGGUUUUCGCUUCCUUCUCCCUUUCUUCUUUUAUUGAUUUCAUUCAGUCUUCCUUUGUCUGAGGUCGGCGCUGUGCGAUGGAGUCCACCUCACACCUGGUGCUUUGUUUCCAGAGACUGGGUUCCAACCAGCAGGUGCUGUCCAGUUUAAAAGUAAAGCUUUCCUCCCCCACAUCCUGACGUCUGCGUACGUCCUUCAAAUGGAACUAAACUGACACGGAAUGCUUGUGGUAGAAGGGAACUGCAGACCUGGAAUUAUUAGUGUUCUGAUUACGUGGCAGGGACUUUGUUCCAGUGUACAUAAUGAACUCCUACAUGCUGCUGCCUCCUAUAUUAACUGAUGGUUCUGUGUCUGUGAGUUAAAGACUAGAAUUGUUUACGUGACCCAUAGUCUAUCAGGGACUUAAUGUAACAGAUUACUUGAAUAUGAUGCCAUUGAAACGUGCCGUAGCUUUUUAUUUAUAAUGAACCCAUUUCUUUGUUGCUUUAUUUUGUAUUCCUUGGUUAACUUAGUGUAGUUCAUUUUUUUUAUACCAAUGUGUAAACACUAUAAACGUGUUUAUUUUGUGAACACCCCCCCCCCC